UGCAAAACCGCCAGAAAUGUGUUUUGAGUAGGAAAAGAUAACAAAUAUAACUUCUUAAAUAUGUGUGAUAAAGAGUGAGUUGUGAAUCCAAAUUUCUAUAGGUAAUAUAGGUAUUGCGCAGUCGUCUAUGUCUGGAGUCCUAAAGGAGGUGCUAGAUUGUCUGGAAGAACAAAUUUGUCCAAAGUGGAUAACAAUGGAAAUGACGAAUGAAGAAAAGAUGGAAGCAAAAGAACAUUUUUAUGAAAAUACCCAAUUUCCUGGGGUUAUUGGUUGUGUGGAUGGUACCCACAUUAGAAUAAUUACUCCGUGUAAGGAUCAGCAACAUAUGUAUUUCAACAGAAAGGGGUUUUCCAGUCUGAACGCAAUGGUUGUGUGUGAUCAUAAAAUGCAGAUUCGGUACAUUGACGCACGGUACCCCGGAGCUAGUCAUGAUGCAUUGGUGUGGAAUACCAGUGAACUAAGACGAAUGAUGCAACAAAACUACGAGAAUGGGGAAAGGAAUUCGAGGAUUUUAGGCAGGCUGUCUAACGAUUAUGUUCUAUUUAUAGUAAUUUUUUGUGCAAUAUAGGCGAUGCAGGAUAUCCUUUGGAACCUUUUUUAAUGACACAGUAACGGGCAGCUGAACUGAAUAGCUUGGAGAGCAAGUAUAACAUUGCACACGCCAAAGCACGGAACAUAGUGGAGAGAACCAUCGGGGUCUUAAAAAAUAGAUUCCGGUGCCUGCUUUCUGCUCGUCAGCUGCAUUACUCCAACAAAAGCAACAAAAUUUGUUAACGUAUGUGCUGCGUUACAUAACAUUUGUUUGUUCUACAAUGCUCCCUGCAUCGGGCAAUUAGAAAACCAGGAGAGCGAUGGAACACAUUUAAACCUAGAUGUGCCAACAAGUUCUGACAAUAAUAAUGUAGCAAUUCGCAUAAGAGACGGAAUAAAGAACUCAAUGUUCAUUGAGCAUUAAAAAUAAACGAAGCUACAUUUCAGACUUUUUUUUGCCUUUCUUUUAGCUUUCUCUUUCUUCCACUCAAACUUAUCUUUAGCUAAUUUUAACUUUUCCUCCUCCAGGUGUAGCAAUUUAUGUUGAAACUCUUUUGAAUCUUUC